AGUUUUGUCUUUUCCUUGUCUGCGUACAACCUCAACUUUGUGAUACAACAACUUAGUUUUGAAUACAAGAAUUUUUUUUAAUGAAAACAGUAUCGCUUCCUUUGGUGGCUGCCGGGUCUCAAGGUCCUAAGCUGGACAUCGCGCAGUUCUCGACUUCGAAAACUCUUGAUUACACGGCCAUGCCCCAGCCUAUCAUUAUGGCCAGAAGUGGCCUUAAAGAGAAAAUUGACUCCCUUUCUCAGAGUCAGAAAUUUAAAGAUAAAGAUAGACUGAAGUCUUUAAAAGAAAGUCCUAAGGUCUACCCUUGGACAAUUCAUGAUUCAGCUGGGAAAAAUGUAUUUGAAGGCUAUUACGAAGACAUAAUGGACACCUGCUAUGUUAUCUUAUCUAAAGAAGAUAAUAAAGUCAGGGUGUAUAGCGUCGAAAAUUGGUACAAAUUUAUGCCAAGAGCGCCCCUGACGCAACAUCCUCAGGAAGAGCCUUGCAGUAUCGCCAAGCUUUUAGAAAAGCGUACAAAAGAGCGAAAAGAGAAAGAGGAACGAAUACAACGUAGGGUCGAAAACUUUUUAGCUCUUGGUGAAUCUGUUCAAGAAGCGCCUGUCCAGAUCAAUGCGUUUUCUGUUCACGGAAAGACGGUGCAGACUGAGAAGGAUUCGGAUGAUGAAGAUCCUGAUGUAGGUGCUGAAGGAUUAGACUUUAACAAUACUUUUGAUGACGAUGAGGUUAAUGUGGGAAGUGCUGGAGAAGAAGAAGAAAACGUUACUACAAAAAAAGACUUAUCGAAAACCGGUCGUAACAUUAGCAAAUUAGUCAAAAGUCUCUUUAACAAUAAUGAAAAGGAAGACGAAUAUUUAGAUGAAGAGGGAAGCAGCAACGAAGAGGAAAAUGUUGACAUGAAUUCGAAAAGGCGUAAAAUCGAAGAAGAAGCGAAAGAAGCUCCCGAUUCUGCGGCAAAGAAACCAAAGCUUGACAAAGGAGUCAAGAUUACCAAAGAACAUUCAGAUCAGAAAAACGAAAUGCUUGCGAAUAUUAAAGCACAAUUUUUAGUCUCCAAUGCACACAAAGUAUCCGAUAUUGUUAAACUGUGUUCUAUUAAUAUAAAGGAUCCUAUUCAGCUAGCGCUAUUUAAAGACAUUCUCCAACAUAAGCUCGAAAGGAAUCCAGACAAAACCUAUUCUAUGAAAAAAAGACCUCAUAAUUAAAUUCAACAAAAUACAUCUGAGGAUGAACGCCUUGCAUUCUUCAUCUAAAAACUUAGAAGAAUGUCAAACAAUAUCUGUCAGGAUAUAUUUACUCUAUAUGUUUCUCGGUACAUUUUUUUCAUUUGCGCUACGUUUAAAUGCCUCUAGAAUUUGGAAUUCACAAGACAACAUCAUCUUAUCUGCUAGAAUCCUGAUAAGGUCCGUACUUCGAAAUACUACCAAAACAGUUAUAGGCUAGAAAAAGACAAAACGAAGCAAAUAAUUAGAAGCCACGUUUGUCAUUCGAACUUCAUAAAAGUAUGUAAGCUCUUAAUAAAAAAACCGCUCAACGCACCAAACC